AUGGUACGAUUUACACAUGCGCAAGGUGCAGGUGGUGGUGGUGGUGGAGGAGGUGGUGGAGAAGGAGGAGGCGGUGGAGGUGGUGGUGGCGGUUUUAGUGGUUGGAGUGGCUCUGGAAGAGAAAAUAAUGAUGUAUCGCAAGAUGAUCUUGGUAAUGUCAUUUUCGAAGUCGAUGAUGAAAAAGAAAAUAAUAUUUGUGAUGAUUAA